CUUUCUUCGAGACAAUGGCUCAAACUCCACAACCUGAACACGAAGCUCCAAGUCUGCCAUCUUCACCAUUCCCGAAACGAACAAAAUACACCGAGCCAGCACCCAAUCUCACUGUAGCAUCAAUACUCAACGACGACGCUCCCACACCGACACCCUCAUCAGCAUUCGCAUCCGAGCCCCUCCCCACAAUGUCGACCAUCCCUCCACCGCAGACCACCACCCUCCCCUCAAUGUCCUUCGAACCACCCCCACCAGCUCUUCAAGUCAAACUCCUCGCCCCCACCGCCAAAGCUCCCACGCGAGGCUCCCAACACGCCGCCGGCUACGACCUCUACGCCUCAAGACCCGCCACGAUCCCAGCGCGAGGCAAGGCAUUAGUGGAGUUGGACAUUAGCAUCGCGGUGCCGGCGGGAACAUAUGGACGUGUGGCUCCGAGGAGUGGGUUGGCGAGCAAGCAUGGGAUUGACACGGGUGCGGGUGUGAUUGAUGCGGAUUAUCGAGGGCCGGUGAAGGUGCUGCUGUUCAACUUUGGGGAGAAGGAGUUUGAGAUUAAUGAGGGAGAUCGGGUGGCUCAGUUGAUCGUGGAGAGGAUCUAUACGCCUGAGGUCGUUGUCGUGGAGGAAUUGGAGGAGACUGUUCGUGGUGCUGGUGGCUUUGGCUCGACGGGU